GUUUUUAGACGCCGCUCGCGUCAGUUCUUAGCUGUUUUUGUAGCCAGCACGUUGCUUCCGCGCGCGUUUUUUACACACACACACAUAUACACAUACAAACAAACGCCGCAAAAACAACAUUAUUUUGCAAUGGGCAACCACAAAGUGUUAAAAACGGCUGGCAUUAAUCUAAGGUAUUCUAUGUAUGAUUUCAUUGAUGCGGUUAAAAAGCAUCACAUUAUUUGGGAUCGAGAGCACGAGAAUUUUCACAAUCGUGAGUUGCGCGAUCACGCCUGGCAACAGAUUGGCCUACAGCUUUGCAAGAAUUUCGAUGCAGCCAGCGCCGGAGAAAAGCAGGAAAUUGCAAAAACAUUGCUAAAACGCUGGAAAAAUACGCGCGACAGUUAUUUGCGGGUAAACAGGCUGCGUCAGAGCGGCGAGGAGAUCUCUCGAGCAUCCUACAUAUACGAAAAGGAACUGAGCUUUCUUUUGGACGUUAAGGCAGAUGGCGCAGAUGAGGAGGAGACGCUCAGGGCCGAUUCAAAGGCUACAGCAAAACGCAAGCAAUAUCGCUUACUAAGAACGCCGGUCAAGCGGCGUCGUGAGUCGGAGAAUCAACAAAGCACAGCAGCGACUCCGGAUUCAGCUGUCCAUCAACAUAACUUGUCCGACGAUGGCCUGCACACGAUGCUGGACACUUUAAGCUGCACGACGACAAAUACCUCAACACUACACGGAGUGACCUCCAAAGGCGAAUCAACCGCCACAUUCCCUCAAGAUCCAGAUCCAAGAUCCACCACCGCUGAUCCAGAUCCUGAUCAGGCAUUCUUUGAUAGCAUUAAGCCGGACAUGCAGCGCAUGAGCAGUGAUCAGAAACUAGAAUUUAAAAUCGAAGUGCUAAAAAUACUUCGACACUUUAAACCAAUAACAAAUUAAACCAUGAAAUUUGGAUUUGUUAAAAGAACAGCUUUAAAAUUAGUGCAUAAUAAAGAAAAAAAAACAACUCGAA